ACCCCCCGGAGCCCCGGAGCCCCCCCGCCAUGCCCCGGCGCGGCUGACACCGCCGCCAUGUACUCCCCGUAUUGCCUGACCCAGGAUGAGUUCCACCCCUUCAUCGAGGCGCUGCUGCCCCACGUCCGGGCCUUCUCCUACACCUGGUUCAACCUCCAGGCCCGCAAGCGCAAAUACUUCAAGAAGCACGAGAAGAGGAUGUCCAAGGAGGGACGCGCCGUCAAGGACGAGCUGCUGGGCGAGAAGCCGGAGGUCAAGCAGAAAUGGGCCUCGCGCCUCCUGGCCAAGCUGCGCAAGGACAUCCGGCCCGAGUGCCGCGAGGACUUCGUGCUGUCGGUCACCGGCAAGAAAGCGCCGUGCUGCGUCCUGUCCAACCCCGACCAGAAGGGCAAGAUCCGCCGCAUCGACUGCCUGCGCCAGGCCGACAAGGUGUGGCGGCUGGACCUGGUGAUGGUCAUCCUCUUCAAGGUCCCGCUGGAGAGCACCGACGGCGAGCGCCUGGCCAAGGCUCCCCAGUGCGCCAGCCCCGGCCUGUGCGUGCAGCCCCACCACAUCGGCGUCACCAUCAAGGAGCUCGACCUGUACCUGGCUUAUUUCGUCCACGCGCCAGGUGUCCCCACACUGUCCCCCCAGGCACUUCCCCACCCCUACUACGCCCUCCGCCUUCACCUGCCGGGCUCCAACUCCUCUGCGCGGCUGCUGGUGCUGGACACGGUUCUGCUCUGCGGCCACAGCGACGAUUUCGUGUCACCGAUGUCCCCGCGGUCCCGGGACGCGGCGGCGGCCGAGGCUCACCUGGGGUGGCUGCGGGCGCAGCUGGAGGCGGCGGCCGGGGACAGUUUCGUGCUGGUGGCCGGCCACUACCCGGUGUGGUCAGUGGCCAAACACGGCCCCACGCCGUGUCUGCUGCGCCUGCUGCGGCCGCUGCUGCGGCGCCACCGCGUCACCGCCUACCUGUGCGGCCACGACCACAACCUGCAGUACCUGGAGGAGGGGGGCGUGGGCUACAUCCUGAGCGGCGCCGGGAAUUUCAUGGAGGAUUCGCGGCCCCACCUGGGCUCCGUCCCCCCCGGUUCCCUCCGCUUCUUCUUCGGGAGCCCCGCCAGCCCCGGGGGCUUCGCCCACCUGCGCCUGGAGCCCGGCGCUGUCACCGUCACCUUCCUGGAGGCCACCGGCCGCGUCCUGCACCGCGUGGCGCUGCCCCCCCGCCAGCUCUGAGCCCCGGGGGGCGCGGGACCCCUCCCCUGGGGACAGCGGGGACAUUGGGGACACCGAGACCCCUCCCCUGGGGACACCGGGGACAGCGGGACCCCUCCCCUGGGGACAGUGGGGACACCGGGACCCCUCCCCUGGGGACAGCGGGGACACUGGGACCCCUCCCUUGGGGACAUUGGGGACACUGGGACCCCUCCCCUGGGGACAGCGGGGACACCGGGACCCCUCCC